CUGCCACUCAGUCAUUUUCUCUCUCCGCACGCACACACACGCUCCCUCACUUUUCGUGGGAGAAAGUAGGAAGGGGGAAAGAGAAAGGAGAGAGAGUGAUUUCAGGUCUCUCUGCUCCCUCCGUGGUGGGUACUCAUAUCCACUCCGCUGACUCAAUGGAGCUUUAGCACUAGGGAUAUAAAAUCAAUAUUUAUUGCCCGUACCCCUUUUACUAUUUAAAUUUGUACAUAGCAUAUGUAGAUAUAGGUCACGUAUUAAAGAAGCGUUAAGGAGAGGUAAAACACGUCUCCAGAGGCGAGCCCUUUUCUUCUUCUUUUUGCCUCACAGGAGGUCCAGUCGAAACUCUCUUCGACUGACUUUCUGUGAGAGAGGAUAUCUCAUUUGAACAUAUCCUACUUUAUAGUCCAGCGUCAAACAACUAAAAAACUAUGGAUAUUCGAGAUUGCCCCUUUCGGAAGAAGCGGAGACCAUGGCGCUUGGACUUUUCCUCUUUUGCCUUGGUAACCCUGGUGCAAUCGCGCUGUGCCAACUACCCGUGGCUCGGGCAGAUCCAGUGGAUGUGUUGCGGAUGCUGCAGCUGCCCUCUCUCCCCGAAGGGGUGCGGAAGGUUCCAGGGUUCUGCACCUCCCGCCGUGCCGGCUCCGCUGACCACGCCUACCGCAUCACCAAGAAGGCCCAGAUCUCUGCCCCCACCAAUCAGCUCUUCUCAGGUCAUUUCCCGGAGAACUUCUCCAUCAUGGCCCUGGUCAAGGCCCAUGCAGGCCUCCAGGCCUUCCUGUUGUCCAUCUACAGUGAGCAGGGUGUCCAGCAGCUGGGUGUGGAGCUGGGACGCUCCCCCGUCUUCCUGUACGAGGACCAGACCGGCAAGCCCGCCCCCGAGGACUACCCCCUCUUCAGUGGCGUCAACCUGGCCGAUGGAAAGUGGCACCGCAUCGCUAUCUCUGUGUCGAAGAAGAACGUCACCCUGCUCCUGGACUGUAAGAAGCGCAUGACCAGGGCCCUGCCUCGCAGCAACAGCCCCGUGGUGGAUACCAAGGGCAUCACCGUGUUCGGAGCACGCCUGCUGGACGAUGAGGUCUUCCAGGGCGAUAUCCAACAGCUGCUGAUCGCAUCCAACCCUCAGGCUGCUUAUGACUUCUGUGAACACUACAGCCCCGACUGUGACUCCCCUCUACCCAAGACCCAGUCCCAGGACCCCAACACAUACGAUGUAGAAACUGCAAAUUCUGAGGCUGGCCACACCCCUACAGAGACGGAUUAUUAUUACGAGGAGGCAGUCCUACAGCCAGCGAGUGAGGUGAUUGGACAAGAAGGGACAACUGGCCAGGUGGAGGAGACAUUGGUGGCAGAGGAGGUAGAUUUGGCCAAGGCAGGGGGUGAGGUCGAGGCCUUUACUGAGGAGUAUGUGACUGGAGACCUGGGCAUGAAGGAAUACGACUAUUCCUACAAGGACUACAACGAGCCUCUGCCCGAAGGAGAGACGACUGACGGCUACAUGGGCCCCGCCCUGUCCGCUGUGACAGACGAGGGAGGCGCCUCAGUGAGUGCCGUAAAAGGAGAGAAGGGAGAGCCUGCUGUCCUUGAGCCUGGUAUGUUGAUUGAGGGACCUCCGGGACCAGAGGGACAAGCAGGUCUCCCCGGACCUAAUGGCCCAUCUGGCCCUCCUGGCUCUGUUGGUGAUCCUGGCGAGAGGGGAAUCCCUGGAAAGUCUGGUAUCCCCGGUGCCGAUGGCGUCCCUGGCCCCCCCGGAACGUCUGUCAUGCUGCCCUUCCGUUUUGGAAGCAGUGGAGGAGACAAGGGUCCCAUGGUCUCAGCACAGGAAGCCCAGGCUCAGGCCAUUCUGUCUCAGGCCAGGCUGGCUCUGAAGGGACCACCCGGACCAAUGGGCUACACUGGACGCACAGGACCUCUGGGGACCCCUGGAAGUUCUGGUCUGAAGGGUGAGAGUGGGGAUCCUGGGCCUCAGGGCCCCAGAGGACCACAGGGUUUGAGCGGCCCUCUCGGCAAAUCAGGAAGAAGAGGUCGUGCUGGAGCUGAUGGCGCCAGAGGCAUGCCAGGAGAGGGCGGGCCUAAGGGGGACCGUGGUUUCGACGGCCUGCCUGGAUUGCCCGGAGACAAAGGACACAGGGGUGAUACUGGAGGAUUGGGACCCCUAGGAGGUCCUGGAGAGGACGGAGAGAGGGGAGACGACGGAGACAUCGGACCGAGAGGACUUCCAGGUGAACCCGGACCUCGUGGUUUGCUCGGGCCUAAAGGUCCGAACGGAAUCCCCGGCCCUCCUGGUGUGCGUGGAAACGACGGUCCCCACGGUCCUAAAGGAAACCUGGGUCCCCAAGGAGAGCCAGGGCCCCCAGGGCAGCAGGGUACCUCAGGAACACAGGGAAUGCCAGGGCCACAGGGAGCCCACGGCCCCCCGGGAGAUAAGGGCCCCACAGGAAAACCUGGUCUGCCAGGAAUGCCCGGAGCCGACGGCCCCCCUGGUCACCCAGGAAAGGAGGGACCUGUUGGCACCAAAGGAAACCAGGGUCCCAACGGUCCUCAGGGAACUAUUGGCUAUCCUGGCCCUCGUGGCAUUAAGGGAACUCAAGGUAUCCGUGGACUGAAGGGUCACAAAGGAGAGAAGGGAGAAGAUGGCUUCCCUGGAAUUAAAGGAGACUUUGGUGUCAAGGGGGAGAGAGGAGAGGGUGGAGUGCCCGGCCCCAGAGGAGAGGACGGUCCUGAGGGGCCAAAGGGUCGUGUUGGGCCCCCUGGCGAGCUCGGGCCCAUCGGUCUGGUUGGAGAGAAGGGUAAACUUGGUGUUCCUGGACUUCCUGGAUAUCCUGGAAGACUUGGACCUAAGGGCUCCCUCGGUUUCCCAGGAUUCCCUGGAACCAACGGCGAGAAGGGAACAAGGGGCCUGAUUGGAAAGUCUGGACCUAGAGGACAAAGAGGACCAACGGGCCCCAGGGGUCAGAGAGGGCCAAGAGGGUCUACUGGGAAAUCAGGAGCCAAGGGUACAUCAGGAAGUGACGGCCCAUCUGGUCCACCAGGAGAGAGGGGACUGCCCGGACCUCAAGGAGCAAACGGUUUCCCGGGGCCAAAGGGACCUCCCGGACCACCAGGAAAGGAUGGACUGCCCGGACACCCUGGACAGAGAGGAGAAGUUGGAUUCCAAGGAAAGACUGGGCCACCCGGGCCUCCAGGUGUUGUUGGCCCUCAGGGUUCCUCAGGAGAGACUGGCCCUCUGGGCGAGCGCGGUCACCCCGGUCCUCCAGGACCACCAGGCGAGCAGGGACUCUCCGGACCAUCUGGCAAGGAGGGAACGAAGGGAGACCCUGGUCCCCCAGGUGGCCCCGGGAAAGACGGGCCCUCAGGACUGAGAGGCUUCCCUGGAGAGAGAGGAAUGCCUGGCACCCCGGGAGGUGGCGGACUGAAAGGAAGUGAAGGCCCAGCAGGACCUCCCGGAACAGCUGGAUCCCCAGGUGAGAGAGGACAGGCAGGCAGCGGAGGUCCCAUCGGACCCCCAGGAAGACCCGGCCCCCAGGGGCCUCCAGGACCAUCAGGAGAGAAGGGAGUACCUGGUGAGAAAGGUCCGAUUGGCCCGGCUGGGCGCGACGGUGUCCAGGGCCCAGUGGGUCUGCCAGGUGCAGCCGGAUCCAUCGGAGUUCCAGGAGAGGACGGAGACAAGGGUGAGGUUGGAGAGCACGGCCAGAAGGGAGCAAAGGGCGGCAAAGGAGAGCAUGGUCCUCCCGGUCCACCAGGGCCAAUGGGUCCACUCGGUCAACCCGGCGCUGCUGGAGCUGAUGGAGAACUAGGAGCCAGAGGUCAGCAGGGGCCAUUUGGAGCCAAGGGAGAUGAAGGAACCAGAGGAUUCCCAGGGGCCCCAGGUCCUAUUGGACUGCAGGGAUUGCCAGGCCCAUCAGGAGAGAAGGGAGAGACUGGAGAUGUCGGACCAAUGGGUCCACCUGGCCCCCCAGGACCCCGUGGCCCUGCUGGUCCCAGCGGUGCUGACGGUCCUCAAGGUCCUCCUGGUGGUCUGGGUAACCCUGGAAACCUGGGAGAUAAGGGAGAGCCUGGUGAAGCUGGACCACCUGGAAUCGGAGGAGAGCCAGGAAAGAAGGGCCCACGUGGAGAGCACGGUGACAAGGGAGAGGCGGGACAACCUGGUGCUUCUGGCCCUGCGGGUGGAAGAGGAGGCCCUGGAGACGACGGACCCAAAGGAAACCCUGGCCCUGUUGGUUUCCCUGGCGACCCCGGUCCCCCUGGUGAACUCGGUCCCAGAGGUCAAGAUGGAGCAAAGGGAGAGAGGGGAGAGGACGGCGAACAAGGACAAGCUGGAUCUCCAGGACCCACGGGUGAGAAUGGACCCCCUGGUGGACCUGGAAAGAGGGGUCUUGCUGGAACGAGAGGGCCAGAGGGACGACAAGGAGAGAAGGGAACUAAGGGAGACCCAGGUGCUAACGGACCUCCAGGAAAGACAGGCCCCGUCGGACCUCAGGGUCAACCAGGGAAACCAGGAACGGAGGGUCUGAGAGGACUCCCUGGAUCAGUGGGCGCACAAGGUUCUCCAGGCCUUGCCGGCCAGAAGGGACCUCCCGGACCACUGGGACCACCAGGCUUGCCAGGACUGCGCGGCGAGGGCGGUGACAAGGGAGAGAAGGGCCACUCGGGUCUGAUCGGUCUGAUUGGGCCCCCCGGAGAGCAGGGAGAGAAGGGAGACAGAGGACUGCCAGGGCCACAGGGGACACACGGGUACAAGGGAGAGACUGGUGUCUCUGGAGGCACUGGGCCUAUCGGUCCUGGUGGCCCUGCUGGCAUGCCUGGUCCCCAAGGUGUCAAGGGAGCUAAGGGUGCUACAGGAGGAUCCGGUCCCAAGGGAGAGAAGGGUGUCUCAGGACCCCCUGGGCCUCCAGGUCCUCCAGGCGACGUCAUCCAGCCGCUGCCCAUCCAAAUCUCCAAGAAGUCCAAGCGCUCCAUCGACGCCAGCCGGAUGCUGUCCGAGACAGACGCAGAGGCGGUCGCAGCCGACGCCACCGGCACAGAGUUCCUGACAGGCAGUGAGGGCAUGGAGGAGAUCUUCGGCUCACUGAACUCGCUGCGACAGGAGAUCGAGACCAUGCGCUUCCCUCUGGGCACCAAGGACAGCCCCGCACGCACCUGCCAGGACCUGAAACUCGGCCAGCCGGAGCUCAAAGACGGAGAGUACUGGAUCGACCCCAACCAGGGUUGCUCUCGCGACUCUCUCAAGGUGUUCUGUAACUUCACCGCCGGUGGGGAGACCUGCCUGUACCCCAGCAAGAGCGUGGACACGGUAAAGCUCAGCUCUUGGACCACGGAGAAACCAGGCUCCUGGUACAGUGAGUUUGCAACUGGCAGCAAGCUCUCGUAUGUGGACUCUAAUGGCGAGCCGAUCGGUGUGGUCCAGUUGGGCUUCCUGCGGUUGCUGAGUGUCCAGGCCCGCCAAAACCUCACCUACCACUGCCACCGCUCCGUGGCCUGGGCCGACCGCACGGCCAAUAACGGCCACAAGAGGGCGCUACACUUCCAAGGCGCCAACGAUGAGGACCUCAGCUACGAGACCAGCCCAUACAUCAAGGCCCUGGUCGACGGCUGUUCUUAUCGUAAGGGCUUCGACAGGACAGUGGUGGAGGUGAACACGCCCCAGGUGGAGCAGCUUCCUCUGCGGGACCUCAAGAUCACAGACUUUGGGGAGAGCAACCAGAAAUUUGGCUUUGAAGUGGGACCUGUCUGUUUCCUGGGCUAAAACACCGUGCAGAGAAAUGAGAAACACCUACACGUAUAGAAUAUACACUUACACUGAUGAGAAAACACACACACACGCACACGCACACACACACACACGCACGCACGCACGCGCACACACACACACACACACACACACACACACACGUCCAGUAAUUUGCAAAUGUAUUUCAUGAUAUCAAAUUCAUUCCCGACCAUUUAUAUCUACACACACACAAAUACUGUUGUGAAACUGACAUGCACUCACUCAAGUACAUGCCCAGGGGAAAACAUCUCCCAAAUAGAAAUGGACGACGAGAGACAAGUAGAACACAAACAUUCUCACGAAGAGGAGACCAAAGAUCGAUUGCGAGAACGAGAGACAAGAGUUCUGACCGUUUGCAGAAUAAAAGCGUGUUCUUUUCCAACGAACAGCUGGCCCAAAGAGCCGUCUCCUCCUUCCGUGCACACCAGAGCCCACCGUCGCGGACCCCCCUCUCACUCCUCUCUUCUUCCCGCUGUCUCUCUUUCCAGUUGUCUCACCCACUCUACCUCUCUGCAUUGCCUUCCCCACACACUUGUACGUCUUCUGCAUCUAAGCCCCGCCUCAUCCUACGCCUCACUUGCUGCCUAAGGGGGAAACCAAUGAAUGAAUAGGAGUUCCACGAAGAGCACGGAGGACCGGAAAACAGCGGAGCCUGUAGCCAACCAGGCCUGACGAAAUGGAGACGUCCAUGUUGUCUAGCUAAGUUCAUGGUCUAUUCAUCUCCACAGUGAAAUUCUGUACCAAACAACUAUAUCAGCCUAGUCAUCCUAAAGCUGGUCAAACACACUAGAGGCGGGUGAAUAGAAACUUUACGGUGCUUUGUGGAGUGAAAGGAAAGCGGUGAGAUCUCUAGUUUUAUCGCGGCUUUAACCUAAGAUGUGACUAUGAACAUCUCUUUGCUCAGUACUGUAAUAAUAAAGUCCUAACAGCAAUGUACUGUCUCUGAACUGUAUGGCUGUUUAUUAUUGGGCCAAUAAUGUUGCAUGCAAUGGGACGGAAGGGUGUCUUUGCCUUGUCCAAGGACCAAUGAAUCAAAAGCCAUUAACCUUGUAAAUUGUACUGAACGUGCUGUAUGGUGCAUGUAUUUUUAAUCCUUGUUACAACUGUCAUACACAGGCCAGAACUGUCGUUCCGAGACCAGCGAAUAGGCCAGAAUGCCAUCAAACCAGUCCAGUAUUUACAGGUGUGAUGCCUGGAAUUGGAUUCUUGUUUUAUGUAGAACACAGGGUUUACAUACCAGGAUUUGUGACAUUCCGUCUCUUUUCAAGCAGGGAAGGUAUCAGGGUUAAAUAUGUGUAUGAGCUUAAUAGAUGACGGCCAAAAGUUUCUCUCGUACAACAGUGAAUAAAUGCAUGCUUUCAAAAACUGUGGCAAGGUGCUAAUUAUACCAAAGCGUUAAUAUAUUCAGCGUGAAUAAUUCAAGUUGGUCUCCAACACAGCCACAUGAUGCUGUCACCAGUUCUCCUACUGGAAAUGUGCAUUUAGAAUCCAUUUGUACAGACAUAGUGAAAUUCUAUUGUAUUUAUUGAAAUCAAACAAGGUGCUUCAAACAACGACAAGCCAAAUAUGCCAGUCGAAUGUGGUAUUUCAUUUUGUAUUUAUUUCCUGUAGUUCUCACAUGAUGGUUAAAACAAUUAAAUACAUAUUAAACAAAACAUUAACCCGAGUUAUCUGUGCGCACCCCAUUGGUCUAUGCAUGUCAACAGUUCUGGUGAAAAAUAAAACGUGUCAUUUGUGGCCAUAUCUCAUUGUAACCCUUUAGCAAUCAACUGUACUGUGCUGUUACAUUUCAUUGCGGUUUGCCAAUGCUGAGCUGCGCUGUGCUGCAGGAGUAUGGCGUGGGCGACAAACAGACACCGGGAUUCUAUGGUUGUGAGAACACAGUGGGCAGGGGACAGCAAGCGGGAGGGAGGGAGGGAAAAUUCUAGCAACCACCUGGGGAAGAAUUAUUACGAUUUUGUUUAUAAGUAAGUAAUGUGGCUAUGGGGUUGAAUAUCAUUAUGGGUAUUUUGGUUUGUUUUUCUUUUGAUAUUGCAGAAGGGGGGGGGGUUGACCUAACUAAACCAGAGGUGAAAAAUAAUUACCUUGUGAUUUCGAGUGAAAAAUCGCAAUCUAUUGGUUAGUUUUAUUGUUAAAGACAAAUGUUUCAACAAAACAUUGUGCUGAAAAGAGAAAGUAUUUUAUGUAAGUAUUUUUUUUUUAUGUUUGUUUCUGUAAUAUAUAAUCUUUUUAAAGAGCU